AUUUCAGGCAAUUACACUAAAAUCAUACCCUGCUGAGCUUUCCCUAACAGCUUUGAUAUGUUUGAUGGGAGCAAUGGAAGGCAGUGUCGUGGCUCUAGCACUUGAAUGGGGCAACCCUUCUGCUUGGGCUAUACACAUGGAUUUUAUGUUAUUAUCUGCUCUUUACAGUGGAAUCGUAUGUUCAGGGAUUGCUUACUAUAUCCAAGGAAUUGUGGUGAAAGAAAGAGGACCUGUUUUUGUGACUGCUUUUAACCCUCUCUGGAUGGUUAUUGUUGCAAUUUUGGGCUCUUUGCUUUUGAGUGAGAUAACAUACUUUGGAAGGGUUAUUGGAGCUGUUAUAAUUGUAACAGGGCUAUACAUCGUACUAUGGGGAAAGAGCAAGGACCAUGAUCUUCAUUCUGAAUCUGAACCAGCCGACAUUAAUAAUAAAUUAGCAACAAUUGAUGAAGAAAUGACAAUAAAGACUACUAAAAACCAAGAGUCUCUUGCCAUGGAUGGCAAAAGGGAAGAUGAGUCUGUUUGAAGGAAAUUAGUGAAAAAAUUGAUAGCUAGCGUU